AAUUGCCAAUAUUAGACCUAGUAGACCCAAAGUGACGCCAACCGCGAUCCCCACGGCAUUUCUUGCAUCCUGUUCGUAAGCCUGCUCCUUAUUGACCGUCCUGGGAGAUAAGAUGGUUGGUAGCGUCCGUCCCUUGAAGUGGUCUGAUAAUGGUAUUGUGAACGGUAGAGAAGUAUAGCUAGAAGGUAUAUCAUAGACGAGCGUGGGAUGAUCUUUCCCUUCAGUUUCCUCCAAUAUGGAAGCGGUACGAGUUGGUGCCAUUGCCUAGAACCGCACCAAACCUGACGAGAAGCUGGAUGUGCAGGGUUGUCCAACUGUACUAGAGUCCAGACAGCCGGAGAUUUUUUCCAACUCAAGAUGUAUGAAGCCUUGACUUAGGUUGUAACCUGCAAAAGAAAAGAAGAAAAGUGGAGUUUUCAGUUGGAAGAAUCACCGCAACACAGAUAAUGCAAUGCAGGGCCAGAUAUGAUACUUAGCGGUUUAUAUAAUAACUAUGGGGGAAAAAAAAAAUAUCUGCUACAACACCUUUCCUGACUACCCGCUGGGCACCUGUUGUGAGCUUCACGGUUAAAUUAAAUCGCAUAUCUGAAUGCUUCAUGCAAUAAGGCGCCAGGCAGGGCCUAUGCUUACUACCCAUCACACAGCAACGGCGACCAGCAUGGCAAGUUCGACGAGGAUGGUGAUGGUAUAGGCGAUGCUGGAUGGCACCUGACGCAAAUAAUACUCUGUGGUUUUACCAGGAGUGGCUGUGGGUGGCUCGCUCGGAUGUGCGCCUUUGCGAGUGAUUUUAUGUUGACGUGGUGGUGGUGGUGGUGACAAACAGACUACAGAGGUCACCAGGGCGUACAGUACUUGCUGUCCCUGGUAGUAGGCAUGGGACAUUGUGAUGAUGUGAGAUGUGAUGAUAGAAGAAUAGAUUAAGAAUAUUCAGGUAUGCAUGUGAGCCGAAAUAGCUUCCUCACGGGUCAUAUCCGUAGCUAUUUACAGCACUAUCGCCAUCCUUGGGUAUCUACUUGUGGUAUACAAGCACACUCUGAUAUACAAGCUAACGCCUCAUUUGUCUCUGCAAUUUCCUCCCUCCUUUCGCAAUCCCCCUGCCCACUUCCUCCUCAUCCUCAGUCAUUUCCUCUGCGGGCAAUGGCUGAUAACUCACAGCUCUGACACUUGGACUUUCCCUCGAACUCUGUCUACGUUGACUGUAAACUCUGCGCUGUCCUGCCGUAGUAGUGGCACCAGACGCUUCAUUCUCCGCCGUUGGUAAUGGCCAAUUCGAUCCCCCCGGCGUUUGCGGUGGCUGCACAGCCCCGGCAGGGCGUUGGUCUGUGCCAGGGAUAUCCUCAAUACCUCCGCGCGACGAAUGCAGAAAAACCGGGUCAGAAAUCUGGUGAAUAUCAACUUUGCGAGCCCGGCCAGUUCCAUCCUUCCUCAAGCCCUUCCCUUCUCGAUACUUUUUGUUCCCUCCAAACAUACCGGCUGCGAAGCGGCCAACCCCCCCGGCUCCUGCCGCGGCAUCUUCGGUGCCGCCGUCGCCGGUCUCGACGCUCCCUCCCCACAAGCUGUCGCUCUCCGGGCCCCGCUUUUCCCUUCGACAUCUCUUCGCCAUGCAGAAUAGUACCAGUGCUGCCGCCAUGACCCCGACAAGUGCCCCAAUCACCAAACCCGCUCUAUGGCCCGGGGACCAGUUUUCCCAGUAAGUCCUGUUGUUGCGGAACGGGGGUGUACCGGUGCCCGUGGGGGUAUCGGAAUUGGUGGGUGCCGGGAAUGGGCGGAAGAUGCUGACAGUGACGGUGAUGGUUGAUGGGGUUGUCGCCGUUUGGAAGAAGGUGGUUGUGUCGGUGGCUGUAGUUGUUGCAGUAGGUAGCGGAGAGGUAAUCGUGGUGAAGGCGUUGGGGGUUUCGACGGAGGUGUAGAAGGUUAUGGUCGUGGUUGUGAAGAUUGGAGUGCGAUUUGGAGGGGUGUAUUGGCCGUCUGGUCCACCCCAAGAGUGUUGAGUUGUCAUGGUGGGAGGAUUCUGGGAAGUGGAAUAAAUAGGUUGCGGUAAGGAAGUGUGCUUGGUUUCGGCUGACAUGUGGAGUUGAUUGCUUUGUUAGUGGAUGAGAGGUGUGUGUAGGAGAAAGAAGAGGGAGGAGGAAGUAACGGAAAGAUCAGGUGAGAUGUUACCAGUUUUUGGUUGGGUUUGUUGUGGGUAGCGGCAUGAUGGAAGACGGGUGUAGGUUUGUUCCCUGGGAUUGGCGGUUCCUGGGCUUUGUUUCCACUAUCAUACCUUCCUCUGAUACCCGGAUUACCAUCAUAAUAUCAAAACAGAAUUGUCGUAUCAUAUAUUGUUCCCCAACAACCCUAACUUAUCCCCACGAUGCGAUUUUCGAUAUACCUCACACAUGCGCUCACGCAGGCAAACCGACGAAGAAUGAUCAAAAGAAAAGGAAGAAAAAAAAGACUAUCAUGGAACCACUGCCAGAAAGGUUAUAAAAUUAAGACAAACCUCAUGAAUUUAUCACAUAAUAUAUCAUUA